GAAAAUCUGCAACUCACCCGCCUGUGAAACAGCACGGAUCGUCUCGGAUUCUGUGGAGUUCGUGUGUUUGUAUAUUUUGAUAAGUUCCACGUUUACUGUCAAAGCUGCUAAAAUGAGCAAAAUCUCGAAGCUUUUCAAGGGCAGCUCAUCUAGCAGCUCGAGUUCGUCCAGCUCUUCAAAGUCCAAACACCGGUCGAAGGGAGGUCCGUCUCCUCAGGAGGCCAUCCACAAGCUCCGUGAAACGGAGGAGAUGUUGACCAAGAAGCAGGAAUACCUGGAGAACAGAAUACAACAAGAAGUAGCCACAGCUAAGAAACAUGGCACGAAAAACAAGAGGGCCGCCCUGCAGGCCCUGAAGAGGAAGAAGCGCUUGGAGCAGCAGCUGACUCAGAUCGACGGCACGCUCUCCACCAUCGAGUUUCAGAGAGAAGCUCUGGAGAACUCGCACACCAACACGGAGGUCCUGAAGAACAUGGGCUUUGCUGCCAAGGCCAUGAAGAAGGUCCACGAGAACAUGGACGUUGACAAAAUAGAUGAUCUGAUGCAGGAUAUCACGGAGCAACAAGACGUGGCUCGGGAGAUCAGCGAAGCCAUCUCCGGGCCUUUUGGCGAACAAUUCGAUGAGGACGAGCUGCUUGCGGAGCUUGAGGAGCUGGAGCAGCAGGAGCUGGAGGACAACGUGAAGAGUAUGGGCGGGCUGCCCAGCGUUCCCAGCUCCAAACUGCCUUCAGUCCGACCCAGUCAGCGUGCAACAACCAGAAGAAAGGUUGAAGAGGACGAUGACAUGCACAUGCUGGCAUCGUGGGCAACAUAAGUUCAUUACAAAGAUGCUGCACAGAGACUGUGUCAAUUACAAUCCCUUUGAGUUAAAUUUUUUCUACUUUUCUAUUCGUACAACACGAAGAGCUUUAUUUUUGUUUGUUCUGCUUUUUGUUUAAAUCAUUUUAAUUAAAAGUGAAGGAAUAAAGAGACUAAAAUUAGGAUUUUUCUGUACCCGGGCCCUUAUUUCUUUGAUUUUACAGUGAUCCUAAUUAAACAGUCCAGAGGGCAUUACAUUUAAACUGUAGGUGUCAUGAGUGUGUAACAAGGUAGUGACUCCCACCUUUAACAAAUAAAGCAGAACUCCACUUUUCCACGUGUAGUAAAUGAAAUAUUUUUAAAAUCCGAAUCAGCUUUAUUGUCGUUGCACAGAAGCACAAUGAAAUUUAAUUUCAGAAACACAAACAACAUAGACAUGGGUAGACGGGGAGCCUGAGGCUGCAGCCUCAUGAGAGGCGCUGCCGCUCUGAAAAUGAGUGAGUAAUUGUG